UCUUCCUACUUGUACCAAGUUCUCACUUUUCACAGACCAACAGCACAACAGAGCAUCGACCGAAUUCCACGCGCGAGAUUAUUCAGAUAAGCAGCGAAUCCAUGGGAGUGGGCAUGAAGCGCGCGAGGGAGGAGGAGCGGGUUGUGUCGCUGGCGCUGUCGCUCAGCACAGACUCCUCGGCGACGUCCACCACGACGUCGGACAGCUCGACCGGUGCGCCGGCGAUGGUCCCCAGGAAGAGGGCGCGGCGGGGGAGAGCUGUGGCCACGUCCGGGGAGGGGGAGUUUGUGUGCAAGACUUGCGGGCGUGCCUUCGAGACGUUCCAGGCGCUGGGCGGGCACCGGACCAGCCACCUCCGCGGCCGCCAUGGGCUGGAGCUCGGCGUCGGCGUCGCCAGGGCCAUCAAGCAGCGGAAGCGGCAGGAGGACAAGCAGCACGACUGCCACAUCUGCGGGCUGGGCUUCGAGACGGGCCAGGCGCUGGGCGGGCACAUGCGGCGGCACCGCGAGGAGAUGUCACUCAGCGGCGCCAUGGACCGGUGGGUCGCGCUGUCGGAUCAAGAGGCUGGGCACCAGCACGCCGCCGUGGACCGGCCGCCAGUCUUGCUCGAGCUUUUUGUCUAGUUAGCUAGCUGGAUCUUUGUGCAGCUCUGCUUGUUAGUAGUUCAGGACUUAUUUCGCAGAAAAAAAAAUCAUGACUUGUACAUAUCUUCAGAAUGAGAUUGGCUCAUCGCUCGAGCGGUUCGUUUUCUUAACAGAUACUGUACAUAGCUAAGACAAAUUCUUUUGUUGUAAAUGUGAUUGACAGAAUCUUGUUCUCA